CUGGAAUAGUGCUCAGAAAUCAGAAUCCAAGUAGGGUCUAAUUUAUGUACUAAAUGACCAUAAGUAACAGAAAAGAAACAAGUCAAAGCAUUCAAGCCGGCAAUUUUUGUACGUUGCGUCUUGUGAAAAUGAAGGAGCCGGAGCUUCCCGGAAGUGGUGGUGGUGGAGCCUGUGGAGUAGGAGAGCCGGAGCCCCAGUGGAAGCGCUACAGUGAUUCAAGAAGAAGGGCGAAUGCUGCGUAUGAAGAAAGAAAAAAAUGUGUCGAUGUUGGUAGAACUAGGAGGAGUAGAGAUCUACGUGGAUCUAGGAAGAGAGUGGUGUUGAGCGACGAGACAUUCCAACGAUGGAAUAUAGUCAAAUUGAAGGAGUUUGUGGAAUCAACCAAUGACGAAUUUGCGUCCUCUCUACUGGACAGAUAUGAAGAACAUUCUGAAAACUGUUCCACUUUCAGCGUUGGAAAUACAGAAGACAGUGACUCAGAAUCAGAUGCACCAUCUCUUCCAUUCUCAGUAGGUUCUAUCGAUGCUACCCGUAUGAGUGACUCAGCGAAGAAAAGAAAGAGGAAAGCGAGGGAUCUACGGUACCAGGCAAAGCAUAACCCAAAGAAUAUGUGUGUGUUCAACGAUGAUUUGGAGGAAAUUCGAACCAUCGGGAAGGAGAAACAUUUGACGGACAAAAAAGUAAUCAGCCUGCUGCUCGCAACAUUCCUGCACACGAAGAAGAGUGUGUGUGUAGAUCAAGCAACUCAAACUAUGCCUGAUGUAUACAGCUGUAGCCAUUGUGGUAGCUCUCCACCUGCCAAACCCAUGCCACCUUUAGCAAGGCCACAACCUAGUGGCCCACAGCAGAUUAGACUUGUGGAUCGCGCUAGUAAUCCACUUUCCAAUGGUCCUAAGACUCCUAACAUCAAAGUCAUCAUGGUUAAAAAGUCUACAGCAGGAGUUCUGAAACGAGACUCUCUCAUGACUCCACAGGCUCUGAAUAAUCUAAUGCAGAUUGGUUCAAACGUGCAGGCAGCACACCCUCUGCAGAGAAACCUUACAGGAUCUUCUCAGUCUACAGCAGGAGUUCUGAAACGAGACUCUCUCAUGACUCCACAGGCUCUGAAUAAUCUAAUGCAGAUUGGUUCAAACGUGCAGGCAGCACACCCUCUGCAGAGAAACCUUACAGGAUCUUCUCAGCUCCCAGCAAGAUAUAUCAUACAAGAUAUUCCUGGAUCAACUCAAGUGGUGAAGAUGGAACCUGUUGAAUCCAUGGAAGACUUUGAGCAGGUGCCUAAUCAAGAGUUCAGUCAGGCCAAGUGCAUUGAUGAAAAAGAUAAUACAGAGGAUUACAUCUAUGAUGAUGGUAGUACGACAUUGGACGAUGGGAAAGAACUCGAUCCUGACAAAAAGCUGUCAAAAGCGACAGAUCAUCCGGUCGGCGUCGUCGUGAAAGAAGAAGUUUUGUCAGACUUGGAGCAAUCAAACUUGGUGCAUUCAGAUAUGGAAGAGUCAUUCUUUGAUCCAAGGCAGGACCAAGAAUUUGGAUCUGAUAGCAAGCUUGUGUAUUCUGAACCAGGAUGGUAUGGGCGGGAGGAAGAGGACAUGGUUGAAGAGGAAGGAGAGGAUGAAAUUGAAGAUGAUGAGGAAGAUGAUGAGGAAAUAGACUAUGAAGCUCAAGAGCUUUUUGACCCUACUCAUGAUCUUUCAGCCAGUAUGCCCCUACAUUCGACAAUGAACAGCAAGGAUAUACCAGGAUCUAGCAAGUCUUCCAAGUGUCUUGGUGGCCGGGACAGCCUUGAGAGUGAUGACAGCUUGGAAUAUGGAGGAGAUAGCGAUGAAGACUUUGACUUUCAGUUCCCGGAGGCAUGCCCAAUCUGCUCUGAGGCCUGGGAAGAGAAACCUGAAAUUAUGCACCAUUUACAAAAACACAUCCCGAUUGAUGAGGGCCCAGAAGCAAUCAAGGAUGCCGUCCAAUCAAUCAAAAGCAAAUUUGAAAGGGGGCACAAAUUUGACAUGGGAUGGUGUUGGGAGUGCAAAGAACUGCUCUUGGGCUUUAGAACACACUAUAACAGAUGCCAUAACAAUAAUCCUACUUGUAUUGUAAUGUGUAACUGUAAGCAGUGCGGUAAAAUGAUCAGAAGUUCGUAUAUAAAAAUACAUGAGAUCUCACACUUAGAUAUCAAGGAAAGCGAUUACGUCCAAUGUCCACAGUGCCCCUCAAGGUUUAAGCACCGGAUAUUCCUCAAGGGUCACAUUAAAAAGUUCCACUUCAAGAAAGCGUUAAGGGAUUUGCAGUGCUCAACCUGUGGCAAGAUCUUCAAAAGUUGGCAACAACUCCAGCGACAUUCAUUGAUCCACAGUGGACUGAAGCCUUAUUCAUGCUCAAUGUGUGACAGAUCGUUCAUUCAGAAGAACAGUCUGAAGAUACACAUGCGGCAGCAUACAGGAGAUAAGCCGUACGUGUGUGAGGUGUGUGAGAAGGCGUUCACCCAUAAGAUCAGCCUAAAGAACCACAAGAAGAAACAGCAUGGGAUUGACUGGUGGAAAGAGCAAAGGAAGAUCAAGAGAGAAAUAAAAGCGAUGGCUCUGAAUAGAGAAAACAAAUGAUCUGAUUGGUUGAUAUAUGCCUAGAAAAAUGCCAGACAAACAAUACUCCGAAAAGAUGCACCUCGGCUUUAAUUACC